UUUCUUUUUUUUUUUUUUUUCUUCUUUUUUGUAAGACCUUUAGCCCAACGAUCGUUCCCGCCCUCUCUGCGCGUGUUGCACGUUUUCCUCUCUCUCUCGGCUGGACCUUGCUGCCUCGACGAAAACAUUCUUUCCCUCUCGUUGUGUUUCACUCGGACAGAACCGUUUAUUGCACUGUCGCGACGCGUGCGGCCAAACGUUCUCUAUUUAACUGAAGACUGUGGUCGAGGGACGUUCUUUGCCGACAGUUCUUCUCGCUCGUUUGUUGAAUUCGGUUUGACAGAACCGAAGAUCUGUUUAAUCAAAAGUAAAAGGCGACCGGUGGUGGCUACAAUAAGAAACUGAAAUGAAAGAAUAAACUGUUACUGUGUAAGAGACGAAAAAAAAAGGGAAGAGAUAGUGCAAGAGAGAGGAGAGAGAGAGAAAGAGACAGAAAUCAUGAUCAAAAGUAAGUGAGACAGAGGGGGAUAACAACGUUCUUCUUAUGUUUUCGCGUGUCUCGAAAAAAUCACGUUGGGUUUCGUACAUUGUAAACAGUAACGCGCCGCGAACGACUGAUAGAUAAAUGUUUCUGUCAAACGUGUUGAAAAUGCGACCGAUCAUGCGUCUCGCUUUAAGAGUCGAGCAAAUCGUUUAAACAGCGUCAUCGGGCUGAAUAUUUCUAUCGAAAUUUUCCACUAGACUGACGAAGUGUUUCGAUAGGAAUCCGCAUUGUCGGCACUGUGUAAAGUAGUGCAAAAAAUAUCGAGGGAGAGAGAGGAAGGAAAAAGAUAUAGUGCGGUCGGGAAGCUGUGCACGGUCACGAGUUUUUGGGAUCGGAUCCGUCUGAAGCCAUUCAGCACUCCCUGACCGUGAGUUUUCUCGGAAGACUACCCGUGAGAAAUGGAUGUAGUGUCGAGUGGACUGCUCAUGCCAGCGAAGGUCGUGGAUAUUGCUACUUAUCACUCGUCUUUUUAUUCUCCGCCACCCACCGAAGCGUCGCGAUCUGGAUACGAUUCUAGUAGCGGCGGAGAAUCUGACAAUGAGUACAAUGCCAUUGCCUGUCAUGGAGCCAACAAUCACUCUCAGAAUCCGGCCACGGCGAACGCAAGUAAUCCCGGGCAGGGAAAACACAUAAACAAAGGAAGGUGGACCAAAGAGGAGGACGCUUUGUUGAAGCAGUUAGUAAGCAACGCUGAACAACUUGGGACCGGACUUCGAUGGGACGCUAUAGCCAGCCAUUUCCCAGACAGAAGUGACGUUCAGUGCCAGCAGAGAUGGGCAAAGGUCGUGAAUCCGGAAUUGGUCAAAGGACCAUGGACGAAAGAGGAGGACGAAAAAGUAGUAGAAUUAGUUGAACGGUACGGACCGAAGAAGUGGACGUUAAUUGCACGACAUCUAAAGGGCCGUAUAGGUAAACAAUGCCGGGAAAGAUGGCACAACCAUUUGAAUCCGGGUAUCAAGAAAACAGCAUGGACGGAGGCGGAGGAUAGAAUAAUCGUGGAAGCUCACCGCAGGGUGGGCAACCAAUGGGCAAAAAUAGCAAAGUUAUUACCGGGAAGGACAGACAAUGCCAUAAAAAAUCAUUGGAACAGUACUAUGAGGAGGAAAUAUGAAACUGAAGAGGGUAGAUCCACUAGCACAAGAGGAAGAGGUAGGAGAAAAGCCGCGGAAUCGUCGUUGCCCUCUAAAGAUAACAAUCUGUGUCUAGAGGAAGAUGGUCACGGCCGUUUGAAGAUAAAUUCGACGAGCAAUGAAAAUGCCGCGGCUUUGUCUACUGUACAGCAGAAUAUUCUGAGUGUUGACCACAUGGAUUGGUCCAGGGCUUGGGAUAAUCAGCAGGGCACCCAAAGUUUCCAAAGUCUUUUGAAUUUGAACGAACGGUCGCACAACAAUGAACCCUCAAAAAGAGGAAGUUCCUCUUCCAGAGUCAAGACUGAACAAAUUUCGCCUUUCACAAAAUAUUUUGAUAUGCAAAUACAAAGUGAGGCGACCAGUUCAAAGAGUUCAGAGAUCAGACUGAUGCCAAUGCCAGAUUUGGAAGAGAUGUCGGAAGCCGCCGAGAAGGAAAGAAGCAGCCCGCCCCCUAUUCUACGUCGACGUCGAAAUGCUCAAAUACUUUUACAGAGAGCGGAAACAUCUGAGAGUAUAAACCAGUCCGAGUAUUUGAUAAUAACUCAACAGCCGUCUGGUGUCACCAGUCCAUCCACGCCUAUCAAACAACUGCCAUUCAGUCCGUCACAGUUCUUGAAUAGUCUGAGUCCUGAGACCUCCUCCUGGCCACGGGCGAGUACUCCUAAAGGUAGCAGUCCCGGGCCACUCACCACACCACAACCUACUGGUCUUCGACGAAAUCAGAAUGAUGGCAAUACGCCGAGGACGCCAACACCGUUCAAGAAUGCGUUAGCAGAAUUAGAACGGCGCAGUGGCGCGACUACUCAGUUACCUGCCACUCCGAGUCGUCUGGACGCUCUGACCGAAAUUAUUAAACAGGAAACCGAUCGUGAAGGUUUAGCAGGAACCAGCGCUAUCCUUCAGGACUCUGGUUACAGCACGAUCAGACGGCGGGGUAAAGAAAAUAGCGCUCCCGGCGGGAAAAGAGCGCGCAAAGCCCUUUGCCAAGCAUGGGCUUCUCAGGAUAAUUCCGAAAUGAGUUUCGUUGUAGAAACACCGAGUAAAAGUUUGGACACAUCGGUAUUGUUUUCACCGGCAUCUAUGGCAUUGGAGGAUAGUUUUUUAGCAGGGACUAGUCCCGUAAAGAAUUCCCACGACUUUGCGUCCGUACAACGGAAGCCUAACGCCAAGAGGGCAAUCACGUUCGAUGCGUUCGACAGUCCCUGUUGUAUUCUCAGCCCCUUGCCGCUCAGGCCAGCCAAACGCGCCAAGCUACAGCUGGAGGCACAAUGGACAACAGUGGCCUGUGGACGUACGCGCGAUCAGCUAGAAAUGACGCGAGCCGCACGCCGAUUCCUCAGCAACCAUGGAUACCUGCCCUUACGUCCUCGUUCUCUGAAUUUUUAAAAGCCUGAACUAGCCACGAUCGCGUUUCGUAAUUAAAAAAAAAAAAAAAGAAAAAACAAAAGGAUGGGAUUAAACUAGUCGUAAUUCCGUUUAAGGAAUAUGGCCUUUCUUUUCUAUCGAAAAUCUACCGAGGGU